AUGGCAUCGCAGGACGAGUUGAAGGAGCAGCUUGUGGAGCUGCAAAAGCAGCUGGCACAAUUACAAGGCCCAUCCACAUCACAGGCACAAGUCACUGCAGCUGUCUCUGUCAAACUUCCACCAUUCUGGGUAAACAAGCCUAGUGUAUGGUUUGGCCAGGCAGAGGCACAGUUCGACGUCGCCGGUAUCACGCAGGACAGGACCAAGUACAGCCAUGUACUUGCUAUUUUGGACUCUAGGGUAUCUGACGUGGUGGAGGACAUCAUCGUUAACCCGCCUAAAGAGGACAGGUACAAUUUUCUUAAAACAGAAUUAAUUAAGCGGUUGUCGUGUUCGAGGGAACAGCGUGUCAGGCAACUACUCAGCGAGGAGCAACUAGGUGAUCGCAAACCUUCGCAGUUCCUCCGUGACUUGCGUUCUUUGGCUGGCAAAACCGUUUCUGAUGAUGGCAUAAUACGGGAGCUGUGGAUGCGACGCUUGCCUAACAAUAUACAAGUGAUACUCGCCGCGCAGAAGGACUUACCUGUAGAUAAAAUUGCAGAGAUUGCAGACAACAUCCUUGAGGUAAGUCACCCCAUGCCUGCCGUACACGCUGCUAGCGCUCCUGCGUUCGACGUAGAGAAAAUCAUGCGAUGCAUCGACCAGUUAACUCAGAAGGUUGAUGCCCUUACCUCCGCGGCUGCACGAUCACGGUCAAGACCGACUUCUCAGGACAGAAGUAACCGCUCCCGGUCGUCUUCUAGUGGUCGCCGCCUGUGCUGGUACCAUAGAAGGUUCGGCCCCAAAGCUAGUAAGUGCAUCAGCCCUUACUACGAACUCAGCGCCGCAAACGGCAGCUCUAUCAAGACCUACGGCACCAUCGCUCUCUGCCUAAACCUUGGUCUGCGCCGGGAGUUCCGUUGGCAUUUUGUAGUGGCCGACGUAAGUACUCCUAUAAUAGGAUCGGAUUUUCUGGCAUAUUAUAACUUGUUGCCAGACUGCCACAACAAAAGGCUCCUGGACGGCGCCACCAGCCUCUCAGCACCAGCUAGCGUCGCCCAAGUCAACCAAGUAAGCGUGAGGUCUGUAGCAACAGAGAACACCAUCUUCUCUAAACUGCUCUCUGAACACCCUGACCUCACUCGCCCACCAGGCCUACCACGUGUCAUCAGGCACUCCACAGUGCACCACAUUGUGACGACUGAUGGCCCACCUGUUUCCUGUCGACCUCGGCGCCUCGCCCCUCAGAAGUUCUCUGCGGCGAAGAAGGAAUUUGAGGAAAUGGUUAGAUCUGGCACAGCGCGACCUUCGGACAGUCCCUGGGCUUCACCAUUACACAUGGCACGCAAGGGAGAAGAUGGCUGGCGUCCAUGCGGGGACUACAGAGCCCUUAACGCAAGAACGGUACCUGAUCGCUAUCCUGUCCGACACAUCGCCGAUUUUUCACAACAUCUCGCCGGCAAGACUGUCUUCAGCACGAUUGAUCUCGUUAAGGCCUACCAACAAAUACCCGUCAACAAAGAGGACAUCUGCAAGACGGCCAUUACAACUCCUUUUGGCCUCUUCGAAUUCCCCUUUAUGACUUUCGGCCUGCGGAAUGCUGGACAAACGUUCCAGCGUUUCAUAGACGAGGUUGUAAGGGGACUCGAAUUUUGCUAUCCAUAUGUUGACGAUAUUUUGGUGUCUUCUCGAAACGCUGAAGAACACGCCGAACAUCUGCGUAUACUUUUUCACCGUCUCGCCGAAUACGGCGUAAUAGUGAACGCGUCUAAAUGUGUUUUCGCCGCUAACGAAGUCACAUUCCUAGGCUAUAACAUCUCUAAAGACGGCACACGGCCUCCGCCCGGAAGAGUUGAAGCUCUGCGACAGUACCCCUUGCCUAAAACGGUACAAGGCCUGCGCAGGUUUCUAGGCAUGGUAAACUUUUACCGCCGUUUCCUUCCUAAUGCCGCAGAACUACAAGCACCGCUCAUCAACGUGUUGGCCAGCUCUAAACUUAAAGGUGCAAAGCCAGUACCCUGGACACCAGAACUAGAGCUCGCGUUUGAGAAUUGUGAUGAGGAUGGUAUAGGUGAUGUGGAUGGUAUAGCUGAUGAGGAUGGUGUAUGUGGUGAGGAUGGUAUAUGUGAUGAGGAUGGUAUAUGUGGUGAGGAUGGUAUAUGUGGUGAGGAUGGUAUAUGUGGUAAGGAUGGUAUAGGUGGUGAGGAUGGUAUAUGUGGUGAGGAUGGUAUAGCAGAUGAGCAUGGUUUAAAAGAUCUGGUGAUUUGUGCAGUCAUAUACGUACACACUCUGGUAUAA